AUGGACAUCCGAGAAGACAUCUGCAACUCUAAGCCCAGGUUGUUACCGCCGGUAGCUACAACAACAUUGAGGAGUGUUUCCUCAUCAUCUUCAACAUUCUUCUCAGCAAACCAAUCACCAUUCUUCUCACCAAGAUCCCCAGCAACGACAUGUCAAGUCUCGGAAUCAACUCGGUCUGAUGCUCACUGUGACAGCAUCAAUAAUCUAAGCGGCGACCCUCCAAGCUCGACAUCUGGGCUCCAGGAUCCUGAAUCUUUGACCAACAUUAGAGAUACAUUGUCACAACUCUCGAGGGACCCAGGUGGGAUUGCUGCGGCUGAUUUCCAGAACUUUGACAGGAUAACAUCCUCAACCACCGGGAUAUCCAACAGCAGCCCGUCUGGCAACAACAGCUAUUCGCAGUUGAGAGAGAAGCACAGGAGUAAGCAUGGCCGAGGUUACAGAACAGCAUAUGCUGCAACACCGGUUUCUGUAUCGCUUUGCUCAAACAGACUUAGGAGUUGUGAUGUCUUCAUAGGCUUCCAUGGCAGAAAGCCUUCUCUGCUGAGAUUCACCAACUGGCUGCGAACUGAGCUAGAAGCUCAAGGAGUGAGCUGCUUUGUAUCUGACCGAGCUCGGUGUAGAAACUCUAGGAAAAGUGGACUGGCAGAGAAGGCAAUGGAUGUUUCAUCUUUUGGCAUUGUUGUCUUAACUAGAAAAUGCUUCAGAAAUCCAUACACCAUUGAAGAGCUUCGAUUCUUUGCUGACAAGAGGAACUUAGUCCCGGUUUUUUUCGACUUGAGACCAGGAGAUUGCCUUGUGAGGGACAUUGUUGAGAAGAGUGGUGAUUUGUGGGAGAAACAUGGAGGCGAGCUUUGGGAACAUUAUGGUGGGGUCGAGAAAGAAUGGAAGGAAGCUGUGAAUAGCUUGUCCCGGGUUGACGAGUGGAAGCUAGAGGCUCAGGAAGGAAACUGGAGAGACUGCAUUCAGAGAGCUGUGACACUUCUGGGAAUGCAGUUAGGAAGGAGAAGUGUUGUGGAUAGAGUGACAAAGUGGAGAGAGAAAGCAGACAAAGAAGAGUUCCCCUUUCCUCGAAGCGACAACUUUGUUGGCAGGAAAAGAGAGCUUUCCGAGUUGGAGUUCAUGCUGUUUGGUGAUGUCAGUGGAGAUACUGAAAGAGAUUACUUCGAGCUCAAGGCAAGGCACAGAAGGAAGAAAAGUAUGAAUCUUGGAUGGAAAUUGGAAAGUGUAAGUGGUGAUAAUAAUAAGUUCAAAGAGCCCAUAUUAUGGAAGGAAUCAGAGAAGGAGAUUGAGAUAAGGCCGAAGCAGAAUCCACGUUACUAUGCAAGGAGAAGGAGAUCGUCGAGAAAGCCUCUGUAUGGAAAGGGCAUUGCUUGUGUUUCAGGUGAGCCAGGAAUAGGCAAAACAGAGCUUCUCCUUGAGUUUGCCUAUAGGUAUCACCAGAGGUACAAAAUGGUGCUCUGGAUUGGUGGGGAAAGCAGGUACAUUAGGCAGAACUAUCUAAACCUGUGGUCAUUUCUCGAAAUUGAUGUUGGUUUGGAUCAUAAUUCGGAGAAAACCAAGAUACGAAGCUUCGAAGAACAAGAGGAGGAAGCCAUUCUGAGAAUCAAGAAACAGCUCACAAGAAACAUACCCUUCUUACUAAUCAUUGACAACUUGGAGAGCGAAAAAGAUUGGUGGGAUCAGAAGCCUAUCAUGGAUCUACUCCCUCUGUUCGGUGGAGAAACACACAUAAUAAUCUCCACCCGCUUACCCCGAGUGAUGAACUUAGAACCAAUGAAGCUCUCCUACUUAUCAGGAGUCGAAGCCAUGGCACUGAUGCAAGGAACCACCACCACCAUCAAGGAGUACUCAAUCCCAGAAGUCGAUGCUCUUCGAGCCAUGGAGGAGAAAGUCGGAAGAUUAACCCUAGGCCUCUCCAUCAUUGGCUCAAUUCUGUCCGAACUGCCCAUCAACCCCAGCAGACUGCUGGACACCAUAAACAGAAUGCCAUUGAGGGACAUCCCAUGGAGUAGCAGCAGCAGAGAAUCCAACCCACUAAGGAGAAACACAUUCCUCCUCCAGCUCUUCGAAGUAUGCUUCUCGAUCUUCGACCAUGUCGACGGACCGAGAAGCUUGGCAAACCGUAUGGUCCAAGCAAGCGGCUGGUUCGCCCCAGCUCCGAUCCCAACCCCUCUCCUCGCCCUGGCCGCCAGCAAAAUCCCUGAAAAGGAUCGCCGGAAAAAGGCCUGGAGAAAGCUCCUCAGCUCAAUGAGCUGCGGUCUGUCCUCUCCCUACACCAAGCGAUCCGAAUCGGAAGCAUCGUCCCUCCUCCUAAGAUUCAACAUCGCCAGAGCAAGCACCAAGCCCAAUUCCAUCCACGUCAACGACCUAAUCAAGCUCUACGCUCGCAGGAAAGUAAUCACCUCUACAACAACAACAACAUCCCCAGAAACCGCCCAGGCGAUGGUUCGAGCCGUGCUGAACCGCGGCUCGAUCUUCCACCACUCGGAGCACAUUUGGGCGGCGUGCUUCCUCACAUUAGGGUUCGGCAACGAGCAGAAAGGGGUCGUCGAUCUCCAGGUAUCGGAGCUGCUCUACGCGGUCAAAGAAGUGAUCCUGCCGCUGGCGAUCAGGACGUUCAUCACAUUGUCGAGAUGCAAGGCCGGCGUGGAGCUGCUCCGGCUGUGCACGGACGCGCUGGAGGAGGCCGACCAGGCGUUCGUGACCCCGGUGGAGAAGUGGCUGGAGAAGUCGCUGUGCUGGCGGCCGAUUCAGACCGGCGCGCAGUUGAACCCGUACCUGUGGCAGGAGCUGGCGCUGACGAGGGCGACGGUGCUGGAGACGAGGGCGAAGCUGAUGCUGAGAGGAGGGGUUUUCGAUGUUGGGGAUGAUUUGAUCAAGAAGGCGAUCUUCAUUAGGGCUUCCAUUUGUGGGGAGAAUCAUCCUGAUACGGUUGCGGCGAGGGAGACGCUGAGUAAGCUCGGGAGGUUGAUUGCGAAAGUUCAGACGACGGCCGGUGGUAAUAAUAAUAAUGCUGCUUCUUCUCCGCCGUAG